UCACGUGAUUUGCACAGCUACAAAAUCCAAGAUCCACACACACCAUCAUCGUCUUCUUCUUCUUCAACUCUAAUCAUAUCGAAACCCAACAAAAAUAUUCAUUUGGUAAAUUGAAGCUGGAUUUGGGAGAUUGGGGCAUGCAAUGUCAGAAAAUCAUGAUGGAAAUGAUGAUUCACUUGGGGUUGUAGAUGGAGGGGAAGCUUCAGUUUCUGUAAAACCAGUUGCUAUUAAUCAGGUGGAUGCUGCGGAUCUAAAAGGUGGGAUUUCAGUGGCUGCAGCAGAGUAUGUAGAGAAUGAUACAAAAGAUACAAGAAUGGCAGAUGAUGGGGGAAGGGAGGACAUGUUUGUUGAUUGCCCUGAUGACAUAGAAGGUCCUGAAACUCCUCAGUAUGUAGACGAGAGCAAUGAUGCACAUGAUAGUCAACUGGAAGGAUUGAGCAAUGGAGCACAUGAUCCGGACUUGAAAGCCGAGGUAGAACAAUUGCGCAAAAUGCUAAAUGACAGUAUUGCUGAAAAAGAUCGGAUUGCUCGAGAAGCUGAGGAAGAAAGAGCAGCAUCUACGUAUGAACUCACUUGCCUAACCAAUCUAUUCAAGGGUCUGAUUGAUACUCGGUCACUACCAAGUAAGGAUGACGGUGAGUUAGUUGAGAAUCUUCACCAUAGUGAAGCAGGAGUCGGGGAUUUGGCCUCUGGUGUCUCAUUGCAUGAGGUGGUAACAGAUGUCUCCAAGUUUCUUAAAGAGGUUCUGGAUGAGCGUGUUCAGACUGAGAGCAAAAUCAGAGAACUUAAUGACCUGAUACAUAUGAAGAAUCAAGAAAUUGAUGCCCUCAAUUCAAAGGUUUCCGAGUUUUCAAUGGAACGAGAUGUUGCUCUUUCUCAUUCAAAUUCAGAACAAGAAAAUUCUGCUCACUUGUCUGUGGUUCAACUUGAAAAGGAGCAUCAUAUGACAGAGAUUGCUAAUGAGAUCUUAGCUUCUCUUGCUUCAGCGGUUCCUCUAGAAAAAUUCUCUGAUGAGUCAGUUACAGGAAAAAUGCUUCAUGUCAAGAAUAUGAUCUCAGUUUUAGCUGAGAAGUAUAACGUUUUCCUUUCCGAAGUUAACCAACUUAGAUGGAGCUUAACUGAAGUUGCACCAGACCAUAAUAUGCAGGAUGAAAUGGGGGUGUUGGUGGUUGCACGUGAUACAUUGGCUGAAUUUAGAACAAGAGAGUUGAAUCUAAACCAACAUCUGAGCUUUUUAAGUGAUGAAAAUGGGAAACUGUCUGAGGAACUUAAUAAACAUAAAUUGAUGGUUGAGAAUGCAAAUGCUGAAAUAAUAAAGCUGGGUGCUGAAAUUGAACAGGAGAGAACAAGGUAUGCUAAUACAAAAGAGAAGCUUAGCUUGGCUGUGACAAAAGGAAAGGCGCUAGUUCAGCAGCGUGAUGCUUUGAAGAAGUCACUGUCUGAGAAAGCUAGUGAGCUGCAGAGGUAUCAAAUUGAGUUGCAAGAGAAGACGAAUAGUCUUGAAGCUGUGGAACAAACCAAGGAUUUACUGGGGAGAAGCGAAAGUUUAGCUGCUUCACUGCAGGAAGCUCUCAUUCAAAAGGAGAUGAUACUUCAAAAAUGUGAAGAAAUAUUGUCCAAGGCCAGUGGAAGUGAGCAAUUUCAGUCAACAGAUACAAUUGAGAAAGUCAAGUGGCUUGCAGAUGAGAUGAAUGCAUUGAAUGAGACGUCUUUACAACUCCAAAGAGUGGCAGAUUCCUUGUCAUCAUUUGAUUUCCCCCAGCCCGUACAAUCAAAUGGACCUGAUGCGCAGGUUGCUUGGCUCCUGGAAUCAUUAAAUCUGGCUAAGGAAGAUGUAAGAAUAUUACAUGAGCAGAUGGGAGCAGCAAAAGAGGCUGCAAAUAAUGAGAUUGGUCAGCUUACUGCUUUUCUCGUGGGAGAAGCACAGGAUAAAAACUAUCUUCAAGAGGAAUUGGAGGAUUUAAAUCAUAAAUAUGCAUUGGUUGCCCAGAAAGAGCAUCAGGCUUCAAUGGAUAAGGAUAGAAUCAUCAGUGUGCUGCUAGAGGCUUCUAAGAUCAACACGUAUGAUCAAGAAUUGGUCUAUCAAAGCCAAUCUGACAUGACCGUACUCAUUAAGAAAUGUGUUGAAAAUAUAAAAGAAGAAAGUAGUGCCUCUGUUGAAGCCCAUAGUCAUCAAUUCGAGUCCUUUGAACAGAUGCAGAGUAAUUUGUACAUUAGGGAUCUAGAAUUGAGGCUAUAUGGUCAAAUACUUACAGAAGAGAUGUCGGAUAAAGCAGAGUUGAAUAGAUUGUCAAACCAUUCAGUCAAGGUUACUGAGGAACUUUGUGCUUUAAAGGAAGAAAAGGAAUCUCUGGAGAAGAAUCUCGAACAAUAUGAGGACAAAGUUUCCUUACUUAGGGAAAAGUUGUCUAUGGCAGUAAAAAAAGGCAAGGGGCUUGUCCAAGAACGAGAAAAAUUGAAAGGAGCAUUGGAUGAGAAGAGUUCUGAAAUUGAGAAGCUGAAGUCAGAUUUGCAUCAGCAAGAAUCUGUAUCUAAUGACCACAAGUUGCAGAUUGAUAAGCUCUCAGCUGAGAUGGACCGUAUCCCUCAACUAGAAGCUGAUCUUGUUGCAAUGAAGGAUCAAAGGGAUCAACUAGAGCAGUUCUUAGUGGAAAGGAAUAACAUGCUUCAAAAGGUUAUCGAAUUACUUGAUGGUAUUGUUCUUCCGGCUGACUUGGGUUUUCAAGAUCCCAUUGAAAAGGUCAAAUGGAUUUCAGGAUACGUACGUGAAAGCCAAACUGCAAAGAUGGAGGCGGAGCAGGAGUUGGGGCAAGUUAAAGAUGAAGCCAGUUCUUUAGCCAACAAAUUGUUGGAGGUCCAGAAAACCAUUAAAUCCCUAGAAGAUGCAUUAUCUGCUGCGGAUAACAACAUCUCACAGCUCCUGGAGGACAAAAAUGAGUUAGAAGCUGCUAAGGCAUUAGUUGAAAAAGAAUUAGAGAAAGCAAUGGAAGAAGCUUCUGCUAAAACUGUUGAGUUUGAGAAUGUGUUCGUGGAUAGAAAAUCCAUUGAGGAUGCUUUGUCCCUGGCAGAGAAGAAUGUUUUAGUACUAAAGAAUGAGAAAGAAGAAGCUUUACUUGGUAAAGAUGCUGCUGAGUCUGAGCUACAGAAAAUCAAGGAGGAAUUCUCUUUCCAUACCAACAAACUAAAAAUGGCAACUGAAACUAUACAAUCCCUUGAGGACGCACUAGUUCAAGCAGAAAAAAACAUAUCUCUGUUUACUGAGGAAAAUAAUAGGGUACUAGUUGGUAGAGCUGAUCUAGAGAACGAGAUAAACAAACUCAAAGGGGAAGCUGAUAUCCAAAACAGUAAGCUAAGUGAUGCUUCCAUGACUAUAAAGUCGCUAGAAGAUGCUUUGCUGGAUUCAGGAAACAAAAUUUCCAAUCUUGUUAAUGAAAAGAAGAAUGCAGAAGAGGAAAUUGUAGUUCUGACUUCCAAGGUAGAUGCCUGCAUGCAAGAGUUGGCUGGAUCACAGGGCAGCGUAGAAACUAAAGUUCUGGAGCUCUCUACCCAUCUUAGCCGUCUUCAGUUACUUCUGAGAGAUGAAAUUCUGUUUUCCUCUCUCCGAAAAUUUUUUGAGGGAAAGUUUGAGAGCCUAAAAGACAUGGAUCUUCUUCUUAAAGAAAUCUGGGAUUCUUUUUCUGAAGUAGAUACUGAAGUGCUGCCAGAUUCUCCUACUAAGGAUGACUCAUCUUUCUCAAUUCCUUCAGUAUCUGUUGUUAAUGAUGCUCUAAAGGAGGAAGUAGCCAAUGGUGAACCAAAUGCAACUGAUGGUGACAAUAUCACAUUGCAUCUUGGGAAAAUUGUGGAUGGAUUCGAAUUGAGAAACAAGAUUCUUGCUGAGAACAUUGGAUGUUACUCUGCAUCGAUGGAUGAUUUGAUCAAAGCCAUUCUUAGAAAACUGGAGUUGACAAAAAGCAAAGCUCUACCUGUGAUUGAACUGACAGAAUCUCUUAAGCAAAAGGUCAGAGAUGCAGAAGUUGGUAGGCUAGCGCAGGAAAAUAUUAUACAAUCGUUGGAAACGGAUCUUAAAGUUCUACUUUCUGCUUUUAAGGAUGCAACUAGUGAACUGGCUUUAACUCAAAAUAGAUUGUCUGAACUUGGCUCCAACUUUGACCUGGAAAAGUUGAAGGAAACCUCACCUGAACAAUUAACAAAUUUUGGUGAAGAUGCUAUAGUACAUCAUAACUUGGAGCUUGAUAGCAGCCAGUCUGCAAGGACUGCUGAGAAGCUGCUAUUGGCAGCUAGACAAAGCCACCAUCUUACUGAACAGUUCAAACCUGUGAUGGAUGUGAUGGUUGGUACUAUCAAAGAUUUGCAGGUUAAAUUGGAAGAAAGCAAUAAUACUUGUGUGAAAGUCUUGGAAGAAAAGGAGACCCACCAAGAGAGGAUCUCCCAUCUGGAGACUAAUCUAGAAGAGUUGAAUGAUCUUUGCGAUGAGAUGAAGCUUAAAUUAGAGGAUUAUCAGGCUAAAGAGGAUAAUAUCAAGGAGAAAGAAGCUGAACUUUUGUCUCUCAAUGCUUCACUGAAUUUUCAAGAAGCUGAAAACUUAACCCUCUCAGCAUCUCAUAUGAGAUCUCUUUUUGAUAAACUAAAAGAGAUUGAAACACUCAUGGGACCUGAUGUGGGAGAUGCAGAGGCCUAUGAUUCACCUGAUGUCAGGAGUCUCUUUUAUGUAGUUGAUACUUUCCCAAGAUUACAGCUCCAGAUGAACUCACUGUCUCGUGAGAAAAAAGAAUUACAAUCAAGCCUUGAGAAACAGGCACUGCAAAUUGAGAGUUUGAAGGAUGAAGUUGAAGAGCACAUGAGAGAUGAGGUGGACUGUGCAAAGAUGAAGAAUGAGUUGUUAGAAUUCACAAUUGGUUUAGAAAAUAUUAUACAUAAGCUGGGGGGCAAUAAUUUGGUUGACCUCCAUAAAGAGACUCCAGUGACAGGGUUUUUACCAGUGCUUGAUAAUCUGAUUGUUGCUAAAGUCUUGGAAUCUGAAAAUUUGAAAGCCAAAACAGAGGAACUGCUUGCUGACUUACAUGGUACCCAAAAGGUUGUUGAGGACUUGUCAAGUAAGGUUAAGUCACUUGAAAAUUCUAAUCAACUUAAGGUUACACCACUAGAGAUCAACCAGGAAAGAAGCAUCUUCGAAGCAGCGUCCUUGCCUACUCAGUCAGAGAUAUCUGAAGUUCAAGAUGUGGUACCAGUUAGUAAGAAUUUAGCCUCUUCUUCAGUUGCAUCAGCUGCUCAUGUCCGAACUUUGCGGAAGGGAUCUGCAGAUCAACUUGCAAUAAAUAUAGAUUCUGAAUCUGAACGGUUGAUAAAUGACGAGGAAGCUGACCAAGAAAAAGGUCAUGCAUUCAAGUCACUCAAUACUUCAGGUCUUGUUCCAGGGCAAGGGAAGAUGAUUGCGGAUAGAAUUGAUGGAAUUUGGGUAUCUUCGAGUCGAGCUUUGAUGAGUCAUCCAAGGGGCAGGCUAAGUCUUAUUGCUUAUUGUUUGUUCCUUCAUAUUUGGUUAUUAGGCACCAUAUUGUGAUGAUUCCGAUAAUUGAUUCUUUUGCAGUUGUACAUUACAUAUUGUUAUAAUUUUUUCUUCCUCUUUUGACCUGGCUCAGUGCCUAAAUGUAUAUGGUUAUAAGGUCUCAGCAAGUUAGAUUCUCUGCAAUCACAGUUUUAGGGAUUCAGAGAAUGUUGGAUAGUUGUUCCAUUAGCCAAUAGCUGUACUAGAGUUGAAUGAAUGCAUACGUCUCUGCUUAGGCUAGGUUUUGAUUUACUGUCUAGUACAAUACACAAUAAACUCAUUCCUUUUCUUUA